AUGAUUAUUGAUCCGUUCAAUUCUCGUCGGAGGCAAACACAAAUCUGUUUCAUAUCUAUUGUGAUUCAGGUGCUCGACAUAAUGCCUGGUUGGACUUUGUUCGACCUCAAAGCAGCUUUUUGUGCCAAAGUGAAACAAUUUCAUCAUGAUGUUAUAAAGAGUGAUGAUGUGAAUGUCAAGACCCUUUUGAUGCUCCGGAAUGUGAGGCAUUUGACAUCUUUGAUGUCCUUAUUCUUUUGUAAAGGCAGCAUGGCAGCACGUCAUGCCUUCACAUUCAGUUCUUCAAUCAGAACUGCACAUGCAACGUCUCAAGGUCAUGGUGAGGGCUAUCAGCUUGUAGUCGGGCAUUGCCUUAGAAACUGCAUUCAUUUUGUAACACCUUCUCAAAGGAUUAUUCUACAGGAGUUACUUGACUGGAUUUUAUUAUGCAGACUUCCCCACGAUCCGUUACAACUUCUCCAGUAUCCAAUGAUCUAUAGAUGAUUUAAAAAAAAACAUUUAGUUGUAUUUGACAUUUACUUAGAUAUUUGAUUGAAAAAGUUUAAAAAUAUUGAUGAAAAACAAUGAAGUUUUUAUUAUUUUCUAUGUGC